GUCCUUUAAAAAUUCUUGAAUGCACAUUCAUACAUACAUACAUAGAGACAGAUACAGUCAAUUUGAUCAAAGACGAGAACACAAUAAUCAUCACAUCAUAGUUAUAGCUAUGGUUGAUAGUUGUUGAUGGUUGAUAGUUGUUGAUGGGAGAUUUUCAUCCGCAAAAGCAUGUCGAGCAAACUGAAGAAGGCCAUCGGAGCCGUGAAGGAUCAAACCAGCAUUAGCCUCGCCAAGGUCUCCGCCAACUCGGCCUCCACGAACCUCGAGGUCGCCGUGCUCAAGGCUACGAGCCACGAGGAUGUCCCCAUCGACGACAAGUACGUCGCUGAGGUCCUCCAGCUCGUCUCCUCCAACAAGGCUUAUGCGGCCGCAUGCGCCCGAGCCAUCGGGAAGCGGAUCGGCCGCACUCGCAAUUGGGUCGUCGCCCUCAAGUCCUUGAUGCUCGUCCUCCGAAUCUUCCAAGAUGGGGACCCUUACUUCCCCCGCGAGGUCCUCCACGCCAUGAAACGCGGCGCUAAGAUCUUGAAUUUGUCGGGCUUUCGCGAUGAUUCCAACUCAAGCCCGUGGGAUUUCACAUCCUUUGUCCGAACAUUUGCACUUUACUUGGACGAGCGGUUGGAGUGCUUCUUGACGGGGAAGCUACAACGGAGGUAUGUGCAUAAGCUUACUACAGCUCCGGCUCCGGCUCCAACCUACGAGCGGAGCAAGAGCCUCAGCGCACGACGGCCUAAUGAGCUUGUGCGGGAUAUGAAGCCCACCAUGUUGCUUGACAAGAUGUCGUAUUGGCAACGCCUACUUGACCGCGCCAUCGCCACCCGCCCAACGGGUCCUGCCAAGUUGAAUCGAUUGGUACAAACGUCGCUCUAUGCCAUUGUGAAAGAAAGUUUCGACCUCUACAAAGAUAUUUCAGAUGGUCUGGCCCUCCUUCUCGACAGCUUCUAUCACUUGCAAUACCAAAAUUGUGUCGCCGCCUUCCAAACAUGUCUCAAGGCAGUAAAGCAAUUCGAAGAGCUAAGCGCCUUCUAUUCGUCGUGUAAAAGCAUGGGCAUCGGAAGAAUCUCGGAGUAUCCGAGUGUGCAAGAGAUAUCCGAAGAGCUAAUUGAGACGCUAAGAGAAUUCUUGAAGGAUCAAUUUUCAUUUUCGCCGACAGCCAGAGCGGCAAGCCAAGCAAUGGUUGCACCUACGAAGCCCGUAAAAGUUGGAGUAGUAAACGAGGAUUGCAGCGCGCAAUCGCCGACCGCGUAUGAUGAUGGAGCUUCCGAGGUUGGAUCACAAUGCACGUCGUUGGAAGAGCUUAUAAAUGCAACAGAAACAGAAACUGGAACAGCUCCGGCCAUUUCAAUCGAUCUUGAGACAUACUCCGAACCCCAACGAGACGACAUGGGAGUGAGCGAAACAGGCUCGACUCGCUCCCUUCCGGUGUCGUGUUCGAUCGGAGAUUUAAUGUCGUUGGAAGAUUGGAUAGAUGAGAAUGAAGAGAACAAAGAGAGUAAAGGGGAAGGGCAGAAGGAAACACCAGUACACUCAUCAGCAUCACAACAAUCUCAAACAGACUUCAAUGCAUCGACCACGGCAUGGGAACACCAUUUAUUCGAUGCCCCAAACAACAGCUGGGAACUGGCGCUGUUGGAGCCACCGGCGGAUGAAAAUCCCUCGUCCGGCGGCGGCUGGGACGUCGCGCUAUUCAAGGCCGCAAGUUCCUCAACCAGCGGUUGGGAACUCGCUCUAGUCGAGGCGACGGCUGUUCAGCCACCGGUGGCGCUGGGAGGACAUAUGACGACAACAGAGAACAGCUGGGAACUGGCGCUUCUGGAGCCGCCGAUAAAUACGCAAGCGCUGACGCCAGCAAUCAGCCAUUACAAUCCAUUCCUGCAGGAACCGAGCGAAUUCAUUGGAACGCUGCAAAAUCAAUCAGAGGUGCCGACGUUCCAAGCGACUCCAACAUUCUCCGCACAAGAAUCGUUCGUGGGCCACAGUGGCAACGAUCCAUUUGCGGAUGGGGCAUUCAAGGGGAGCGGAGGAGGGGGCAUGGAUCUCAACAAUUUGCAGCUUCAACAACAAUUGUGGUUGCAAAAUCAGAGCAAGAUUUUAGCUAAAAAUAGAGGUUAGGGUUUCUUUAAUUUUACACAUUACGGUUUUGUUUUGUGGAAAUAGUUUCGAAAAACAU